AUGCAUACGGUAGCAAUGUUCAAUGCUGGCAAGAAGGGCCGCCCUGCUCAAGAAGAACCCCAUUCCCGUCGCCAUUCCUCUCACCCCUCUCAUCGCCCACUAUGCUAUCCUCGAGUUCGCCAAAUCGCCCACCCGUCUCCCUUUCCGUCGCGCGUCACGUCGCCAUCUCGUUGCCCGUCCCGUCGCCCUCUUCGUCGCCCUCUCUCCCCUCCUCUCCUCCCGUUGGCCUCUCUCUCGCCCCUCCCUACCGAUCGCCCUCCCGUCGCUCGCCCCGUCUCGCUCUCUCUCUCUCUCUCCGCUCCCUUCCCGUCGCCCUCUUUCUCGCUCCUCCCUUCCCGUCGCGCUCUCUCUCUCCGCGCCCUUCCCGUCGCCCUCUCUCUCGCCCCUCCCUUCCCAUCGCUCUCUCUCUCUCUCUCUCCGCUCCCUUCCCGUCAGCCUCUCUCUCCGCUCCCUUCUCGUCGCGCUCUCUCUCUCCGCUCCCUUCCCCUCGCCCUCUCUCUCGCCCCUCCCUUCCCGUCGCGCUCUCUCUCUCCACUCCCUUCCCGUCGCCCUCUCUCUCGCCCCUCCCUUCCCGUCGCGCUCUCUCUCUCCGCUCCCUUCCCAUCGCCCUCUCUCUCGCCCCUCCCUUCCCGUCGUGAUCUCUCUCUUCGCUCCCUUCCCGUCGCCCUCUCUCUCUCCCCUCCUACCCGUCGCGCUCUCUCUCUCCGCGCCCUUCCUGUCGCCCUCUCUCUCGCCCCUCCCUUCCCAUCGCGUUCUCUCUCUCCGCUCCGCCUCCUCUCUCGCUCCUCCCUUCGGAUCGCGCUCUCUCUCCGCUCCCUUCCCGACGCGCUCUCUCUCUUCGCUCCCUUCCCAUUGCCCUCUCUCUUUCUGCUCCCUUCCCAUCCUCCCUUCUCGCUCGCCUCGAAUAGCCCUCACAGCAACCUUCGACUCUCCCAUCACGUAUGCCCUCCUUUCUCCGUCGCCUCUCUCGUUCUCCCUCUGCUAUCGCGUCAGCGUGACCCAUUCCGUACUCUGUUAUUGUGUUUGGUUUGUUUGUUUUUUCUGUCUUUCCAUCUAUUCUCGACACCCUCUCUCCCGCCGCCUAUCCUCUCUCCCGUCGCCCUCCCGUUUCCCGUCGCCCUCCCGUUUCCCGUCCCCCUCCCGUUUCCUGUCGCCCUCCCUUUUCCCAUCGCCCUCCCGUUUCCCGUCGCCCUCGCGUUUCCCGUCGCCCUCGCGUUUCCCGUCGCCCUCCCGUUUCCCGUCGCCCUCCCUUCUUCCGUCGCCCUCCCUUUUCCCGUCGCCCUCACGUUUCCCGUCGCCCUCCCGUUUCCUGUCGCCCUCCCGUUUUCCGUCGCCCUCCCGUUUCCCGUCGCCCUCCCGUUUCCCGUCGCCCUCGCGUUUCCCGUCGCCCUCCCGUUUCCCGUCGCCCUCCCGUUUCCCGUCGCCCCCCUUCUUCCGUCGCCCUCCCGUUUCCUACGCCCUCCCUUCCCGUCACCCUCCCGUUUCCUGUCGCCCUCCCUCUUUCUCUUCAUUCGUGCCACCUUGCCCAUCAUAAUUUCCCCCCUAGUGCUGUUUUUCUCUUCUGUGGAAUUCUUUGAGACGUUUGACGAGGAUUACGCUGGUCGCUGGGUCGUCUCUAGCAGCGCAGACUACACGGGCAAAUGGAAAUGGGCUGCCGGCGAAGCUUCGGGCGAUUACGGGUUGCUGGUAACCGAGAAGGCGAAGAAGUACGGCAUCGCAGCGGAGCUCCCUGAGCCCGUGGAUCCGAAGAAGGACACCCUGGUGCUGCAGUACGACGUGCGCCUGCAGAACAACCUCGAGUGCGGCGGAUCGUAUCUCAAGUUCCUCAUGCCGCAGACCGCGGGCUGGACUCCGAGCCAAUUCAAGGACGACUCGCCUUACUCAAUCAUGUUCGGACCCGACAAGUGCGGCUCCACGAAUAAAGUACACUUUAUUUUCCGCCACAAGUCGCCCAAGACGGGCGAGUACGUGGAGCACCACAUGAAGAAGCCCGCGUCGCCCUACACAUUCGACAAGCUCAGCCACGUGUACACGGCAAUCGUGUAUCCCAACAACACGGUUGAAAUUCUGAUCGACGGCGAGAAGAAGGCGGAGGGCGAUCUGCUCUCCGGGAAGGAUUUCCAGCCGCCCGUGCUGCCGCCGAAGACGAUCCCGGAUCCCGAGGAUAAGAAGCCCGAUGAUUGGGACGAGCGCGCCAAGAUCAAGGACCCCGAGGCGACCAAGCCGGACGACUGGGACGAGGACGCUCCCCGCGAGAUCCCCGACGAGGACGCCGCCAAGCCCGAGGGGUGGCUGGACGAUGAGCCUGAGGAGGUUGAUGAUCCCGAGGCGAAGAAGCCCGAGGACUGGGACGAGGAGGAGGACGGCGAGUGGGAGCCGCCCAAAACCCCGAACCCCAAGUGCGAGGAGGCGCCCGGGUGCGGUGAGUGGAAGCGGCCAAUGAAGCGCAACCCCGCGUACAAGGGCAAGUGGACGGCGCCGCUCAUCGACAACCCCGCGUACAAGGGCGUGUGGAAGGCUCGGGAUAUUCCCAACCCGGACUACUUCCACCUGGAUCGGCCGAACCUGGAGAGCGUCGCUGCUGUGGGCAUUGAAAUCUGGACAAUGUCGGACGGAAUUCUCUUUGACAACAUCCUCGUUACAAGCGACCCUGCUGUAGCAGAGAUGUACCGGAGGGAGCGAUGGGCGACCAAGUUCGCCAAGGAGAAGGAGGCGGAGCAGAAGAAGCGCGAGGAGGAGGACGCUAAGCUCAAGAAGGAGUCCGCUGGCAAGGGCGGAUGGGAGGGCAAGCUGUUUGAGACGCUCCACAAGAUUGCAGACGCGCCUCCUCUCACGCCUGUCCGCCCCCAGCUCAAGGCCAUCCUAGCAGAGGCAGCCAAGUACCCGUACGCAGCAGUGGGCAUCAUCAUCCUCAUCCCCCUCGUGCCCUUCCUGCUCCUCGUCUCUGUGCUGCUCUCCUCACCUAAGCGGCCGGCAGGGCAGGUCUCAGUAGAGAGGGCCAAGAAGGAGGACAUUACCGCACCUGAUGAUGUUCCAGAGGAGAGCAAAGAGGAGCCAAAGGAGGAGGCCAAGGAGGAGGCUGAGGCUGAUGCAGCAGAUCAGCCAAACGAGGGCACCACCGAGCUUGCGAAAGCAGAGGAGCCCGCCGAGCCUGCAGCUUCGGAACCCCAGCCUGCGGGUGUGGAGGAAGAGGCGAAUGAGGGGGGUGAGACCAAGGUGAGGCGGCGCACACGUAGGGAUUGA